CUAUAAGACCUCAUAACAUCCUGUUUUCAGGUUGAACUUGUUUGUUCAUCCUCAGAAUAAAAAAUACAAAGACAACUUGGUGAACUCUCUACCUCUUCAUUUCUCCUCUCACCCCAGGAACACACGAAAAUGUCCACAACACCAACAAUCAAUGAUCAGUCCUGGGUAGAGAGCUCUAUCCAUCCAUGUUGCUGCAGUGGUUUUAUAACCAGUGCGUGAGCGGUGCUUCAUGCAAACACGGGCAUCCAGGAGCCCUGACUUCUUGGCUCUGCUUGCAUCUCAAGCCUCUUGCGGGACAUCAGACCUCUCUCCUGGAGGGACAGAUGAGAUCUCCAUCACCAUUUCACCAUCUCCUCCUCUCAUCAUCAUCAACCCACACUCCUCACCCCCCCCUCUCUCUUGCUCUCUGAGGUGUCUGGUGACUCUGGCCCCUGCUAUCUUGCCCCUCCCUUCAUCGUGGAGGAGAGAGGGAGAAUGAGAGAGGCAGCAGCCCACUACCACCAUGUCCCCAGAGGCCCCUUGCCUGCCUGCCCCUCCUGCUGCUCAGUACAGCUGUGCCUCAGUACCAGACCCUGACCAGCUGGGAUCUCAUCCCUGCCAGGGAGCCACGAGAAGAGUGUGUGAGAGCACCUCUCUACUCUCACUCUUCAUUAAGUGAACCACUCAGACACUUAACUCCAGCUACAGCUGUCAAACCUCUCCUGCUGCAGUUGAGAAGAACCUCUUUCGAGCAUGGCUGUGGCACCCCGGGCCCUGGCACUUCACCUGUCCCUGGUGCUCGCCCUGCUCAGCCUGGCCCCGCCGCCAACCUCGGGAGGAUGCCCAUCCACUUGUCGCUGCUCUUUUGCCAUGCUGCAGUGCCUGGAACCUGAUGGUCUCGCCAGCAUCCCGAUUCUGCCGGCACAAGAGAGCGAGAACGUGACGGAGAUUUACAUAGAAAACCAAGUUGGUCUGGAGAAUAUCACAGAGUUGGAUCUCGUUAACUACAGAGAGCUGAAGAACCUCACUGUCACAUCAUGUAAGCUGAGGCUCAUCUCUGCCAAUGCCUUCCAGUACAACCCCAAGCUCCAGUAUGUGAACCUGGCAUCAAACUCUCUGGAGCACAUUUCCUGGAGGGUGUUUCAUUAUCUACCUUUGCUCAACCUAGUACUGAAGGACAACCCUCUCGCCUGCUCAUGUGACCUCUACUGGCUGAAGGAGUGGCAGCACAAUGACCGAGGUGACCUGGACAACCAAAUGCUGUCCUGUUUCUCUGACAACCAGGAAGUUCCCCUCAACUUGUUGGUGAUCGAUAAUUGCAGUUUGCCUGUGGUGUCCAUCAUCUCCUCCAAAGACAAGAUUCAAGAAGGAGGAAACCUGACGUUUGAGUGUCACGUGACCGGAAGUCCGACUCCCAACGUGAGAUGGCGAACAGAUGAUCUCUACUCCCAUUUUUUCACUGAGAAGAGAAUCUCGGUCUCCACGUUGGAGCUGGUCCUUUAUCUCCGCAACGUUUCCUCCAAAGACAACCUGCGCAAUCUCACCUGUGAGGCCGAGAACCAAGCUGGGCCCAGGGAGGAGAUGGUGACACUGGACAUUGAGUUUCCCGUCAAAAUCCUCUUCCUGAGGGAUGCAGUCCAGCAGCAUUACUGGUGUUUCCCCUUCGCUGUGGAUGGCAACCCUGAACCCAGCAUAUCCUGGCUGUACAACGGCAACCAACUGAUAGAGACGGCGUACGCGUACACCCAGUUCAUCACCGACUCAGCCGACGGGUCUGUCAAGCACGGUUGUCUUUUCCUCAACAAGCCCACCCACAUCAACAAUGGCUACUACACUCUGGUGGUGCAGAACAAACUGGGAAGGGACGAAGCCACCGCCAUCGGGAUGUUCAUGGACAAUCCCUUUGACCCUCUUGACCCUGAGGGGAUCAUUCCUGUCUUUGAUGUGGAUACAAUUCCCACAAGCAAAUCAGACAUGGACGUCACAGAGAACCCGGAGAGUCGAGUGUUUGUGGUGUCUGUGGCUGUGGGCCUCGCCGUGUUUGCCUGCACGUUUCUGCUCAUCAUGGUUCUGGUUAUUAACAAGUGUGGCCAGCAUUCCAAGUUUGGUAUUCACCGAUCAUCAGUUUUGGGUACAGAGGACGACCUGGCUGUGUCACUCCGUUUCAUGAACUUUGGAACCAGCCCACCUUCCUCAGAUGAAGACUCCGGUUUGUCCAGCUUUGUAGAGAACCCACAGUACUUCUGUGGCAUCAUCAAGGACAAAGACAUGUGUGUCCAGCACAUCAAACGACAGGACAUAGUGCUGAAGUGGGAGCUGGGUGAAGGAGCGUUUGGUAAAGUCUACCUAGCUGAGUGUGCCAACCUAAGCCCCGACAGCGACAAGAUGCUGGUCGCCAUCAAGACCCUGAAGGACGCUAACGAGUCGACCCGGCAGGACUUCCAGAGGGAGGCGGAGCUGCUGACGGUGCUCCAACACCAGCACAUUGUGCGAUUCUACGGCGUGUGCACGGAUGGCGAGCCGCUGGCCAUGGUGUUCGAGUACAUGAGGCACGGAGACCUCAACCGCUUCCUUCGAGCUCACGGCCCUGACGCUCGUAUCCUGGAGGAGUCAAAGAUGCCUCCGCUGGGUCAGCUGACUCUGCCUCAGAUGCUGCACAUCGCCGCGCAGAUCGCCUCAGGAAUGGUUUACCUAGCGUCGCUGCACUUCGUCCACCGCGACCUGGCGACACGCAACUGUCUGGUGGGAGAAGGCCUGGUGGUCAAAAUCGGAGACUUUGGCAUGUCGAGAGACAUCUACAGCACCGACUACUAUCGGGUGGGCGGACGCACCAUGCUGCCGAUCCGCUGGAUGCCCCCGGAGAGCAUCAUGUACAGGAAGUUCACCACGGAGAGCGACAUCUGGAGCUUCGGCGUUGUCCUGUGGGAGAUCUUCACCUACGGCAAACAGCCGUGGUACCAGCUGUCCAACAGUGAAGCCAUUGAAUGCAUCACGCAGGGACGGGAGCUGGAGAGGCCUCGCACCUGCCCCAAGGAGGUGUAUCUGCUGAUGCAGGGCUGCUGGCAGAGGGAGCCGCAGCAGAGGAUGGUCAUCAAGGACAUCCACAGCCGCCUGCUGGCCCUCGUUAAGAACCCGCCGGUUUAUCUGGACAUCCUGGGAUGAAAGGGGGUCAAGGAGGAAACCAGGGAGGCUUUAAAAGUCAGCUUUUUUUUUUCUUUUUCUCCUUUUACCCAGUAAAAGGUCGGUAGGGUGUUGAAUCUCCCGUGCAGUUGCUGCUUUUUUCCCAGCUUGAUGGAUUGUACAAAGAGUUCCUUCAUUUUUCAAGCCUGAUUUACUCCUCCCACGAUGCCACGUGGUUCUCUUGAAACCUGUCAAAUGUUUACCAAAGUUGUUGUGAGGCUGGAGCCUGAUCUGAGGGGGACAUGCAUGUGAUUUCAGGCCACGGCUCGUCAGAGGUUUGUGAGCCGAGCUUCGUGCGUGUGUGUUUUGUGCAACUCUGUCUGCCCGACAGUCGCUUCGAAAGGCAAAUUUAAAAGAUAAAUAAAUAAACAGAACAGGAGGACGUUUCGUCCCGAAAAGUCGAUUUACAGAUUUUGGGGGAUAGCAGACGGUUCCUUUGUACAGUACAGUCACAGACUUUUUGGAGUAAGUUUUUUAAUGAUAUGCGAGGUUAUUUAAAGGUUAUUUAGAGGCUUUCAGUAAAUGUAUAUAAAGGCUAAAGUUGAAACAAUGUAAUAAAUUUCCCUUGAGAGCUUGUUUGUUUUUCCAUCCAAUGUAUGAUAUAUGAGUAUUUUUCAAAAAAGAAAAAGCAAGAACAAAUUGUAUAUGAGGAGUGGAAAGUGUGUCUUGGUAUAUUAUAAUAAUAAUAAUAAUAACAAUAAUAAUAGUAACAACAACGUCUGUGUUUACAUUUACAUGCUGUGUCAGUUUUGCUGUUAAAUAUGAUACAUUAAAAAAAAAGAAGUUUGACUUAUGGCCUGAGAAUGUGACUCAGAGUUAGAGAUGAGAUGAUUAUGAAUUAUAUCACGUAUUGUGAUGAAUGCAUUUUUAAAAAGCGCUUAUAUUAAGAUGAUUGUGGCGAAAUUCCAUCGUCGUGAUAAACACGGAAAUGUGGAAAAUUAUGGAAUUUCAUUUGUGUCAAUAUUUAUCAAAUGACACUUUUUAAGAAGCAAAAACAUAUCGAUUUAAUCAUUAAAAAAGAUUGUAUUUUAUUGUUUAAAAAUACACUUCUUCAGUCCUUUGCGCUCCCUCCCUUGUUCUUUGCACUCCCUCACUUGUUCUAUGCGCUCCCUCCCUUGUUCUUUGUGCCAUGUUUUUUUGCUUGCGGACGGGCCUUAGGACGCUGCCUGCUGAGGGAAGUGAUCUUAAAAAGUGUUGUUUGAACAUAUUGACACAAAUCUAAUUCCAUAGAAAAUCAUUGAAAUUUCUAAAUGAGUGACUUGAAAACGCUGUGUAUCUCAACAAGUGCCACAAGGGAGAUCCAGUCUGCGUCUUUCCUGUCAUUCCAGUAUCUCGUGAUUUAUGAGUUCACCACUUUCGACAUUUCAUACAUGAACCCUUUAACACCAAGCAGCAGACUACACCUUUGCGUUGGAAAAAUACCAACGGUUUCUGAAAGCUGAAGAAGUUGCACGUCAAAGACAAUAUGUGGUUAUUUCAGUAAUUUUUACUCGCACUGUGGCAGGAAGCCGGCGAAUCAGCGUCUUUGUCACCGGAGAGGAGGGAGUUGGAAUAAUUGCUGUAUAAAUAUGUUGUAUACUGUUCAAAAUUCAAAUUCAACACAAAAGCUGGUGUUCGUGUACAACUGCAGUGUCUUUUUCUCAAUAAAACUUUUUGUUUUUCUUCA